ACAAAUCCUUUGAGGCAUCACCAUCCACUCAGGCAAGAUGGACCAACCAAUCGAUUUGAACGAGUUUGUCAGGGCGUUGGAGGACCUCUCCCAAGAGAGUAUCAACAAUGCGAAGGACGAACUCUUUCUUUCCAUCAGCAAACUUGUGGAUACCAACACUGAGUUGGAGGCGGAAAUUGCCAACUCCGACAACCACCAGGAUAAAAAGUUGUACAGAGAGGUCAUCGAAGAAAACCAGACCGUGAUCUACAGCAAAACCUCCCGUUACGAGGCGUCUUUGAAUGCAUUGAGGCAUAAGCUGAUUGAUGACCAGAAGUACCACCAAGAGCUCGGAAAGUUGUACGACUUGAUCAAGAAGCCUGAGGCUCAAGAUGAGAACCAACACGGUUCUCAAGUAGAGACAAAGGACAACAGUAUCUACCUAUAAAUGGGUCAUGA